AUGAGGCGAGGUUCGCCCGCGAGCAUCGCCAAGAGGUGCCGCACCGACGACCGCUUCACAGCGACGAGCGGCUGCGAGAUCGAGGUCGGGCCCUCGAGGCCUGGGCUCCGUGCGGCCAUUCGCCGCACGGGCUGCUCGGCGAGGCCGAGGCGGCAGCGGCCGCCAGCACUCGUCGACAUCGCCAUCCUCGCUGCUCCUUGCCAUGUCCACUCGCCCUGCCGGCACGUGGUCGCGCAGGCCCCCACCAUCCUUGCAGGGUGCCUGCAAGGCUGCACUCCUGGCGCGGGCUCCCAGCUCGUCGAGCCCAGCGCUGGCCAGCUUGCCGACCGCGAAGGCCUCGCAUGCCAGCACUCCGACGGCGACGGGGCCUCGGAGGAGGACAUCGUUAUGCCUAGCCUUGGCAUUUCUGGCCUCGUGAUCCCCGACGGGUGCCCUGAGGCUGUGGACGACGACCGGCGCUCCGACAUAAUCAGAUUCAUCCAAUCAGAAUUCGACCGUCACACCAGCUACACGCAGGCCCAGGGCUCGUGGGGCGGGACCUUCUUGGAGGGGGGCCACGCGAUGCAGUCGAGGGCGAGGGAGGUCCUGAGGGGAAACAGCACGGAGCGACUCCCUGACCACCAGGUGCCGCCCGCGGUUGCACCCCGCCGCCCGCCCCCUAUAAGCGAUGCUCUGCUGCUGGGGAAUGGCGGGGCGGGGUGGAAGGCUGCGGUGCUCGGGGGAGACGGUCCCCGGCGCCAGGGGGACGUCCACGGAGAGCUCCACGACUACCACCCGCACGACACCACGCCCCCCCGCGGCUCGGGCGUGCCCGCCGCCGCCGGCCUCUCGCUGCCCUCCCCGCAGAGGAAGGGGGUGGACUUCGUCCUGCUCGCCUACUUUCUCUUCUGGUACCUGGGCAACUACUACUACAACAUCACCAACAAGCUCGCCCUGAACGCCGCGGGGGGCGCGACCGGCUUCCCCAUGUCCAUCGCCACCAUGCAGCUCGGCUUCGGCUGCGUCUGGGCGCUCUUCCUAUGGGGCUACCCGGACGCCCGCGCCCUCCCGAAGAUCACCUUCGACGACUGGAAGGCGACGCUGCCCGUGGGCUUCUGCUCCGCGGCCGCCCACGCCUUCUCCGUGUUCGCCCUCUCGGCCGGGGCCGUCUCCUUCGGCCAGAUCGUGAAGGCCGCGGAGCCGGCUUUUGCGGCGCUGAUCGGGACCCUGUUCUACGGUUCCAAGGUGAGCACCGCCAAGUGGUUGUGCUUGAUUCCGGUGAUCGGCGGCGUGGUCCUGGCGUCCCUGGGCGAGCUGGACUUCGCAUGGGCCGCGCUCUUCACGGCGGCCCUCGCCAACGUCUUCGCCGCGUUCAAGGCGAACGAGAACAAGAAGCUGAUGGACACGGAGGGCCUGAAAGACCGCUUGGGCGGCGUGGGGAACCAGUUUGCGAUCACGAUGAUCAACUCGUUCCUCUUCUGCCUCGUGCUCAUGUUCGCCACCGAGGGGAAGAAAUUCGGUGCCUUCCUCCAGCUCUGCAAGACGAGCAAGAUCGUCUUGUGGAACAUGAUCGCGUCGGGCUUGUGGUUCUACGCCUACAACGAGCUCGCGACAAUGACCAUCAAGAAGACGAGCCGCUGUCACCCAGUCCGUCGCCAACACCGCGAAGCGCGUCAUCGUCAUCGUGGGCGUCGCCAUCAUUCUCGGGGAGAGCCUCGACCCGCUGAAGCUGAUCGGCUGCGGCAUCGGCAUCGGCGGCGUGUUCCUCUACUCGAUCAUCGACGACCUCGUGAAGUCCAAGUAAUGACGUGCCGCGUGGACAGGCGCGUUGGUUCUGCGAUGUGGUGA